AUGACAAUUUUGAAGAAAUUUGAGUCGAGCUCAGCGCGUGUUAAAGGAAUUUCGUUCCAUCCAACUCGACCAUGGGUUUUGGCUUCACUACAUAGUGGUAUCAUUCAGCUAUGGGAUUAUCGAAUGUGUGUUAUGUUGGACAAAUUUGACGAGCAUGAUGGUCCAGUACGUGGUAUCUCAUUCCAUAGUCAACAGCCAAUUUUUGUAUCUGGCGGCGAUGAUUACAAAAUUAAGGUUUGGAAUUACAAGCAAAGGCGCUGCAUAUUCACUUUACUUGGUCAUCUUGAUUACAUCCGCACCACGUUUUUUCACAGCAACUAUCCUUGGAUUAUUAGUGCAUCGGAUGAUCAAACAGUACGGAUUUGGAAUUGGCAAAGUCGUCAUAGUAUUGCUAUUUUAACUGGUCAUAAUCAUUAUGUGAUGUGCGCACAAUUUCAUCCAACGGAGGAUCUAGUGGCUUCGGCUUCUCUAGACCAAACAGUGCGAAUUUGGGACAUAUCUGGGCUUCGGAAGAAGAGUGUUUCGCCAGGAACUGGUAACGACAUGUCACGUGUACGUUCCGUGGGUGGCGUAGCUAGCAGUGAUUUGUUUGGACAACCUGAUGUUGUUGUCAAACAUGUUUUAGAGGGACAUGAUAGAGGAGUUAAUUGGGUUUCAUUCCAUCCAACGAUGCCACUCUUGGUUUCGGGUGCAGACGAUCGUCAAAUAAAAUUAUGGCGUUACAAUGAAAGCAAAGCUUGGGAGGUUGACUCAUGCCGUGGCCAUUACAACAACGUAUCGUCGGUAUUGUUUCAUGCAAAAGCAGAAUUGAUACUAAGUAAUUCUGAAGAUAAAAGUAUUCGUGUUUGGGAUAUGCAAAAACGCACAUGCUUGCACACAUUCAGACAUGAUAACGAUCGAUUUUGGGUUUUGGCUACUCACCCAACACUGAAUAUGUUCGCAGCAGGUCACGAUAGUGGAAUGAUGGUGUUUAAAAUUGAACGUGAACGCCCAGCAUUUUGUGUACAUGAAAAUUUGGUGUUUUAUGUAAAGGAACGUCAAUUAAGACGUUUGGAUUUAACUAAUAACAAAGAUGUAGCAUUAGUGCAACUUCGUGGUAGCAAGCUUAUGCAGCCGUAUUAUUCAUUGCAUUACAAUCCUGCGGAAAAUUCAUUUCUUUUGAUUACGCGUUCGCCUAUGCUUGAAUAUUGUACAUACGAUAUGUAUAAGGUAUCGAAGGAUGCAUCUGAUGGCAGUAGUGAAGCUCCGGAAGGGAAACGUUCGCCAGGUGUAGCUGCAGUCUGGGUAGCGCGCAAUCGUUUUGCUGUUUUGGAUAAAAAUCAGCAGAUCACGAUCCGGGAUUUGUCAAAUCGUGAAAAUCGAAAGAUUGAACAAAGCGUUCCGAUUGACGACAUUUUCUAUGCUGGCACUGGACUUUUGCUCCUAAAAAAUAACGAAGGUGUUCAACUAUUUGACAUCCAAAAAAAGCGCACCUUGACUUCUGCAAAAGUUCCUAAGGUGAAAUAUGUGAUUUGGUCGAAGAAUCUGGAAUAUGCAGCUUUACUUAGCAAACAUACUUUAACUUUGGUGUCACGCAAAUUACAAAUCUUAUGCACCGUCCAAGAGUCAACACGUUUAAAGAGUGGCGCUUGGGAAGAAGAAGGUGUGUUCCUCUAUACCACCAGCAACCAUAUCAAAUACGCGUUAGCAGUAGGUGAUCAUGGCAUAAUUAGAACGUUGGAUGUACCGGUAUAUGUGCUUGCUGUUCGUGGUGAAAAUUUGUAUUGCUUGAAUCGCGAAGCAGCUCCAGUUGAAGUGCCUAUAGACCCAACGGAAUACCGUUUCAAACUAGCUCUAAUAAAUCGUCGUUAUGAUGAGGUAUUAAAUAUGGUACGCUCAGCAAAUCUGGUUGGCCAAUCAAUUAUCGCAUACUUGCAAAAGAAAGGUUAUCCGGAAGUUGCCUUACAUUUUGUGAAGGACGAAAAAACUCGAUUUGGCUUAGCACUCGAAUGCGGUAGUCUCGAGGUUGCUCUUGAAUCAGCUAAAGUGCUUGAUGAUAAGGCAGUUUGGCAGGCUCUUGGUGAGGCUGCUUUAAUGCAGGGUAAUCAUCAGAUCGUCGAAAUGGCAUAUCAACGCACAAAGGAUUUUGAGAAGCUCUCAUUUCUCUACCUAAUUACCGGGAAUAUGGAAAAACUGCAAAAAAUGAUGAAAAUUGCACAAAUUCGCAAAGAUGUAAAUGGACAUUAUCAGACCGCACUUCUUCUUGGUGAUGUUGACGAGCGUAUUAAAAUUCUGAAAGAUGUUGGUCAGAUUUCUUUGGCAUAUUUGACUGCGGCAACACAUGGAUUUAACGAGGAAGCUAACCAGUUGAAGGAGGAGUUGUUAGCAAGAGGACAAAACUUGCCACCAGUUGAUCCGAAUGCUCGCUUACUGAUUCCACCACCGCCAAUUAAACAGAUGGAGGAUAACUGGCCAUUACUAACGAUGUCACGUGGUCCGUUUGAUUCACACCUUAUUACAGGAAAUCUAACAAAUAUUGGUGAUAAAUCAUCUCGCGCAGCCGCUGCAUUUGCACACACCGAUGAUAGUGUUGAUGUGACUGGGGAUGCGUGGGGUGGUGACGAUUUAAUGUUGGAUGAGGAGGGUAAUCCUGAUAUCGAUGAAGAGGAAAUGCAUAGCGCUGUAAGUGAGAAAGAAGACAAAGAAGGUGGCUGGGAUGUAGAUGAUGAUUUAGCUCUCCCAGCCGAUAUUGACGUUAAAUCUGGAGAUGAUGACGAUAAUUUUUAUACGGCGCCGUCACGUGGGCAGCCACCGUCAGUUCAUUGGCCAAAUAAUUCCAGGCUGGUUGCGGAUCAUAUUGCGUCAGGUGCCUUUGAUAGUGCUGCACGUUUAUUACGUGAUCAGCUUGGUAUUACUCGUAUUGAACCGUUCAAGCAACUUUUCUUAACAGCUUAUGCAAGAUCGCGUGCCAGUUACGAAGGUCUACCGAAUGCUGGUCCGAACUUUGUUUAUCGAUUGCGUAAUUGGCAGGAUGGUGGUGGUCGAAGUGGAUUACCGGCUGUUACUUUACAUCUGAGCGAUCUAGCUGCACGUCUGCAAACCUGUUAUCACCUUACAACUAGUGGUAAAUUCAGUGAAGCUGUUGAGAAGUUACGUCAGCUCUUGCUAUCCGUUCCGUUACUGGUUGUGGAUUCGAAGCAAGAAGCAGCGGAAGCGCAACAACUAAUCGAGAUUUGCCGCGAAUAUUUAGUGGGUUUACUCAUGGAAAUCGCACGAAAAGAGCUGCCAAAAGUCGUCGAAAACGCUAAACGAAAUGCCGAAAUGGCUGCAUAUUUUACUCAUUGCCGACUUCAGCCGGUGCAUCAAAUAUUGACGCUUCGAACAGCGGUGAAUUUAUUUUUUAAACUAAAACAAAUGAAAACCUGUGUGUCCUUUUGUAAACGUUUGUUGGAAUUAGGACCAAAAGCAGAAGUUGCUGCACAAAUACGGAAGGUAUUAAUGAUUGCUGAGAAGGAACCGAAUGACACGCAUGAGCUGCAAUACGAUGAGCACAAUCCAUUUGUUGUUUGUUCGAGAAAAUUCAAACCCUUAUACCGUGGGAAACCUCAGGUAAAAUGUCCAUUUUGUGGUGCAUCAUACUCACCGGAUAUUACCGGUGAAAUAUGUGAUGUUUGUCAAGUAGCCGAAAUAGGUCGUGAUGCAGUUGGUUUGAAAAUUUGCACUGUUCAAAGUGGACGUUAA